ACACAAAAAAAAGAAAAGGAAAGAAAGAAAGCGGAACCAAAGUGUGCGAGUCUAGAGUAUGACCGGACGGUUUUAACCGACACACUGACGCCUCUAUGACGGGCACCAGUUGACAACAACGCCGAGUUGAUGUUGGCCUCUCUGUCCACGAUGAUGUCCCAUGGCUUCAAGAGCAGUAAGCAGGACUUCACUUUUGGACCAUGGAAAGUGACUGUUGCCAAAAACCACAUCAUGAAAUCCAAAGACAUUGAACGGUUAGCGGAGGAGAUGGACAUGCCUUGCCUUCCAGAGAUGUUGUUCGGGGACAACGUCCUUCGCAUCCAACACGCGGAUGGGUACGGCAUCGAAUUCAACGCCAUUGAUGCCCUCAAGAGAGUCAACAACAUGGAUGAUGCAGUCAAGGUGGCCUGUGCCCAAGAAUGGCAGGAGAGCAGAGCCGAUUCGGAGCAUUCCAAGGAGGUGUUGAGACCUUACGACUGGACGUACACCACAGACUACAGAGGCACUCUAGUAGGAGAGGACGUGAAGAUAAAGGUGACCGAGACGACGGAACGAAUCAACAUGGAGAAGCUGAAGGCUCGGGAAAGCAUCAUGUUCUUUGACGAGGUGCUGCUGUAUGAAGAUGAGCUGCAUGACCACGGAGUCUCUAUGACCAGCGUCAAAAUUAGGGUGAUGCCCACCAGUUUCUUCUUGUUGCAACGCUUCUUCCUACGAGUGGACGGGGUCCUGAUUAGAAUAAACGACACUCGACUGUAUCAUGAGGCAGGAAAGGAGUACAUGCUUCGAGAAUUCAGCACGAGGGAAAGCAAAAUAGCAGAGCUGAAGAACGUUCCUCCCUCUCUCUACACUGAUCCCAAUGAAAUCGCGCAGCACUUGACCCUGAAGCUGACAGAGUUCGAGAAGCUGGAGCUUCCUGUGAUGGAGCCUCAGGCAGCCGUUGACGACACUAGCCACUGACCAGACUACCACACGUCACUGUUUGGGUUGCAUGAUGAGAAUGGAGAGUAGUGGUCUUAAACCACGACCCUGUUGCUAUAGUAACACGAAAGCAAACAAACAAACAAAAAAACUGUACAGGAGUAGCUUUUAUAUGUAACCUCUGUGUUGGUGCGUUCUGGAAGCUGUUUCAUUGUGUUCGCGGUGCAGCUUAAAGGACUGUAUUUCGGUUCCGGCUUUGUUCAUAUCUGACCUGGUUUUUGUUUGGAAGCAUCUGUCACUCAUCAGCUUUGUGCCGUCAGGCUCAGGUGUCUUGAUAAUGUGUCUGUAAAAACUACAUAAAACCACCACCGUUUUCUAUCGA